AGGUAGUUCCCCUCUGGUGAUGAUGGGAGUGAGCAGAGGUCUGAAAUCCGAGAUCCCUCGCAGCCUGGACUUGGUGAGGUCCCAGUAAAAGCAGCUUGCCGGCUAUCCCUCUUCCUGAGCAGUCACUCCGUUGCACUGGCCUGGGCAGCAUGGAGCUAGCCCCCUGGACUCACAUAGGACUCACCCUCCUCCAGCUCCUUUUCAUCUCCUGCUUGCCAAGAGAAUACACAGUGAUCAAUGAAAACUGCCCUGGAGCUGAAUGGAAUAUCAUGUGUCGGGAGUGCUGUGAAUAUGACCAGAUCCAAUGCGUCUGUCCGGGCGGGAAAGAAAAAGUGGGCUACACCAUUCCCUGCUGCAGGAAUGAGGAAAACGAGUGUGACUCCUGUUUAAUCCACCCAGGCUGCACCAUUUUUGAGAACUGCAAGUCCUGCCGCAACGGCUCCUGGGGUGGAACGCUAGACGACUUCUAUAUCAAAGGGAUCUACUGUGCGGCGUGCAGAGCAGGCUGGUACGGAGGGGACUGCAUGAGUUGCGGGCAAGUUCUUCAGGCUUCCAAGGGUCAGAUUUUGCUGGAGAGCUACCCACUGAAUGCACACUGUGAAUGGACCAUUCAUGUUAAACCUGGGUUUAGCAUCGAAUUAAGGUUUGCCAUGCUGAGCCUGGAGUUUGACUACAUGUGCCAGUAUGAUUACGUGGAGAUCCGUGAUGGGGACAAUGUAGAUAGCAGGAUAAUUAAGCGCUUCUGUGGCAACGAUAGGCCCCCUCCAAUACGAAGCACUGGGACUUCACUCCAUGUUCUUUUUCAGUCUGAUGGAUCCAAGAACUUUGAUGGGUUUCAUGCUAUCUUUGAAGAAAUUACAGCUUGCUCUUCAUCUCCAUGUUUUCAUGAUGGAACAUGUAUCCUUGAUAAAGCUGGUGCCUACAGAUGUGCUUGUCUAGCAGGCUAUACCGGGAAUCACUGUGAAAGCUUGGUGAUGUGUAGGACUCCAGGUGCUCCUGCUCAUGGUAUUGUGGAAGGAGAUGACUUUAAAUACGGGGCCCAAGUUUACUUCAAGUGCAACGCAGGUUACAACUUAAAAGGCAGCCGUGUUGCCUACUGUCAGCUUGAUGGGAGUUGGUCAACACAUCAUCCUGAAUGUGUUCUACAUGAAAAAAACUGCUCAGACCCUGGUGGCCCAUUCAAUGGCUACAGAAAAGUGGUGGAAGACACUGGGCUAAUGAACGGACGCUAUGCAAAAAUCGGCACAGUCAUUGCUUUCUUUUGUAACAAUUCAUAUGUUCUAAGUGGUAAUGAGCAGAGGACCUGCCAAGACAAUGGAGAGUGGUCAGGGAAACAACCAAUCUGCAUAAAAGCCUGCAGAGAGCCAAAGAUCUCUGACCUGGUGAGACAGAAAGUGCUUCCAAUGCAGGUUCAAUCAAGGGAGACGCCUUUGCAUCAGCUCUACUCUUCUGCAUUCAGCAAACAGAAGCUUGAAGUAUAUCCAACCAAGAAGCCAAUGCUACCCUUUGGAGACCUGCCUCCAGGGUAUCAGCAUUUGCACACUCAGCUUAAGUAUGACUGCAUUUCUCCCUUUUACCGACGGCUGGGAAGCAGCAGGAGGACCUGUCUAAAGUCAGGAAAAUGGAGUGGGCGGGCUCCCUCAUGUGUGCCAAUCUGUGGAAAAGCAGAAAACAUCACUCUUCAAAAGACUUCAUCUAUUCGAUGGCCCUGGCAAGCAGCCAUCUAUCGGAAAGCCAAUGGGGUGAAGGAGGUCAGCCUACGAAAGGGGGCAUGGAUCCUGAUCUGCAGUGGAGCCCUGGUGAACGAGCGCACCGUGGUCGUGGCAGCUCAUUGUGUCACUGACUUGGGGAAGAUCACUGUCCUUAAGACAGCAGAUCUCAAAGUGGUCUUGGGAAAAUUCUACAGGGACGAUGACCGAAAUGAGAAGACCAUCCAGAACUUACGGAUAUCUGCCAUCAUAGUGCACCCAAACUACGAUCCCAUAUUGCUUGAUUCUGACAUGGCCAUCAUAAAACUUCUGGACAAAGCCAAAAUCAGCAGCCAUGUUCAACCCAUUUGCCUUGCAUCUGCUCAUGAUUUGGACCCAUCCACAGAGGAUUUAAAAAUAGUGAUUACAGGCUGGAAGAUACUGGCUGACGUUAAGGAUCCCAGCUACAAGAAUGAUACAAUUCGCAUGGGAGCUGUUCAGAUGGUGGACUCGCUGUUGUGCGAGCAGAAGUAUGAGGAUAAUGGAAUCCAGGUCAUCAUUACUGACAGCAUGUUCUGUGCCAGGCAGCACCCCACUGCCUUUUCUAAUAUCUGCCCAGCUGAGACUGGAGGGAUUGCAGCCAUAACUUUGCCAGGAAAAGCAUCUCCUGAACUAAAAUGGCACCUGAUGGGAUUAGUAAGCUGGGGCGACGAUAAAACUUGCAGCCUAGAACUCUACACUGGCUAUACCAAGGCAAUUCCAUUCAAGGACUGGAUUGAGAAGAACAUGAAAUAAAAAGCUGCUUCUGGAAAUGGCCUUUUAUAAGUUUCAUAGUUUCUCUCACAAUCUCUACUGCUUUAGGGUUCUCUUCCCAAAGAUGAGCCGCAUUUAGGAUACGAUUAAAGCAGAUAACCUGGCAACUUGUCACAGGCUCUGCUGUUCAGGGAGGCCACCUUAAUUUCAAUACAGGCUCUCUCUGCGUGAGGGGUUUUGACAUGUCUCAGCCUUGCCUGCCUGCCUAGAUGGGAAGAGGGUGGUCGGCUCUUGAGUUUGACACUCAGACGCAGGACAAGGGGUAAUGGCUGAAUUCAGUCUGUGGGUUUAUAGUCAGUUGAAUAAAUGGAUCUGUUUGCAUUCCAUGCAGGAGCAGAAGUCAGAGAAUUCAGAGGCUGGAAAGAGUAUCCCGAAGUAAUUACUAUGGAUGAGUUUGUUCUGGUGUAUUCUCUGCAUUGCCAUAGUAUGAUGUAUUCUUUCCCCCUCCUGAGUACUGUACACAUUAAACAAAGGUUUGUUUUUU